CAUUCCGUGAUCGUCAGCUGCGUGGGUAUCGUGGAGGUGGUGGUGGUGAUUAUGAAAGGAGGCCUUUGGGCAAGGGCAUGAGCAGUUCUUGGAAUAGAAGCCCAUCGACGAGACAGGUCGCCCCUCGGCCUCGUCCGAAACCUGUGAAGGCGAAUAAGAUGUAUGGGUGGAGCGACGAUGAGUAUGUCGAAGGAGAGAGCCCGCGGUCUGAUGGCGGUGAUAACGUUGAGCAUCUACCUGCGAGGGAGCAUGUUGUCCCUAAUGAGGCCAAGGGAUGGUAUAGGGGCUUGGACAAUCGGUGGAGGCGGGCCAGGAUAACAACGACACCGGUAUUGACAGUGAAAUUAGAUCAUAAGGGGCAGGUCGUACACGCUAAGAGUAGUGCUGAACGCCUUGCUAUGUUGAAGUCGAAACUCUUAUCGGGAGGGAAGACGGCUGAGGGAAAGGACGAGGAGGAGGAGGCGCCAGUGGAAGCGGCUGCUGCUGCUGCGGUAAGCAACAAUGAGCAGGGAGUGAGGGAUCUGAGUGAAGGCCGAGAGGCAGACACUGACGACACGCCGAAGGCAUCCCGAAUCAAAGUGAGUGUUGAUAAACGGAAGACCCGUAGCAGUACUAUAGACGAGGUGGAUGGGGAGGAAUCACGUAAGCGGAGAAGGGCAGGUGAGGAGAAUAAGAAGGAAGAAGAACUGCAGGUUGAAGAUAAGAAAGCUGACGAUGGGAGAUCUCCUAAGAGGAAGACCUCUGGGUCGCCCAGAAAGGAGGGCUCAUCGUCACCCUCUGUGGAGGCACGGCAGAGACAACUUCGUGCAAAGUUACUUGGAUCGAAACGGAAUAGUGAUGAUGGUGGUGGGGCUGGCUGAUGUGGACGUGUAACAAUGCUAUGAUGACCGA